AUGGCGACCGAUGAUAUUCCAUUGGAUGACAAGGCCAAGAGAAUGAGAGAUCUAUUGUCAAGCUUCUACUAUCCAUAUCAUGGUUCAUCUCCCAAAGCUCAUUCAAAUUACGAAAACUUGGAUUCCAUCAAUUCCGCAUCUUUCGAUCCUGAGCACUACAUGAACCUUCUCGUACAAAAGUCGAAUUUGGAAGAGCUUCUUCGGAAGCAUGUUGAAAUGGCAGCCGAAAUCAAGAACCUUGAUACUGAUUUGCAAAUGUUGGUUUAUGAGAAUUACAACAAGUUUAUUAGUGCCACGGAUGCAAUUAAAUGGAUGAAAAGUAAUAUUGUAGGCAUGGAAGCAAAUAUGGAGCAACUUCUUGAUAAGAUAAUGUCAGUGCAAUCUAGAAGUGAUAGGGUCAACACUUCUCUUUUUGAGAAAAGAGAACACAUUGAGAAGUUGCACCGAACAAGGAACCUUCUGCGUAAAGUUCAGUUCAUUUAUGAUCUACCCGCUAGACUUGCAAAGUGCAUCAAGUCAGAAGCAUAUGCUGAUGCAGUCAAAUUCUACAUUGGAGCUAUGCCAAUUUUUAAGGCAUAUGGAGAUUCAUCUUUCCAGGACUGUAAACGAGCAUCUGAAGAUGCAAUUAUUAUAAUAUUAAAAAACUUGCAGGGAAAGCUAUUCUCAGAUUCUGAAUCCAUUCAAGCUAGAGCUGAAGCUGCAGUGCUUUUGAAGCAACUAGAUUUUCCGGUGGAUAGCUUACAGGCAAAACUCCUUGAAAAGUUAGAGCGAUCUCUUGGAGACCUUCAAUUGAAAACAAAUGAAAUUGUGAAUGUUUUACGAGAACCUAAUGAUCCUUCUAAACAAGGAAAAGGUUUUGACUCGGUUCCUGGUAUAGGUCAUGAGGUCUCUGUCCAUGGAUUUGCGGAGGCUAUUCGUGCUUAUCGAGUAAUAUUUCCUGAUUCUGAAAGUCAAUUAAUUAAACUUGCACAAAACUUGGUCAUCAAGCACUUUGAAAUAACUGAGCAACGUGUAAAGAGACGAAUUUCUUCUACCAAUUUCCUUGGUGCUCUUCGGGCUAUAUGGGAUGAUGUGCUUCUGAUGGAUGGAGUCUUAAGUGAGGCUGCGCUAUCUAAUUUUUCUUUGGAGGUUGCUCAUGCAACUGUUAAAAAGUAUGUUGCCAGCACAUUUACUUACCUUCUGCAAGACAUAUCAGAUGCUCUCUUGAAAGUAAAGGUUAGCCCAAAAGAGGCAGCAGAGGAACAUCCCUUACAGGUUGCUUUGGAGGCUAGCAAAAAAACAGUACUCCAAGGCAGCAUGGAUGUCUUACUGGAUUUUCGCCAACUUCUUGACGAUGAGUUAGGGCUGCUAGUUAAACUGAGAGCUUUCAUAAUUGAUUGGGUUCAAGAAGGAUUUCAGGACUUUUUCAGGUCUCUUGAUGGUUGUUUUCUCUUGCUUUCUGGAAGAAAGAAUUCAUCAAGUCAAGAUCAAGGAUUUUCAGAAGGAGCACUUGGUGAAAAAGUUCUUGCUGGUCUUGUCUUGGUCCUAGCUCAACUUUCUGUAUUCAUUGAACAAACUGCCAUCCCAAGAAUUUCUGAGGAAAUAGCUGCCUCCUUCUCUAGUGGUGGUGCACGAGGCCACGAAAAUGGGCAUGUUUUUGUUUCGGGGGAGAUAUGUCAACUAUUUCAGUUAGGUGGUGAAAAGCUUUUGCAUCAUUACAUAAAUAUAAGAACUCGAAGAGUAUCUACUUUGCUAAGAAAGAGGUUUACAACACCAAACUGGGUCAAGCACAAGGAGCCUAGAGAAGUUCAUAUGUUUGUUGAUUUAUUUCUACAAGAGUUGAAAGCAGUAGAUAGUGAGGUGAAACAGAUUUUACCUGAAGGGCUAUUGCGUAAGCAUCAACGGUCUGACAGCAAUGGAAGCACCAACUCAUCACGUAGCAACGCAUUACUAGAUGAUAAAAUGAGUAGGUCAAAUACCCAAAAAGCCAGGAGUCAGCUAUUAGAAACACAUCUAGCAAAAUUGUUUAAGCAAAAAAUAGAAAUUUUUACAAAAGUUGAAUAUACACAGGAGUCAGUUGAAACAACUAUAGUGAAACUUUGCCUUAAAAGUUUGCAAGAAUAUGUCAGACUCCAAACCUUUAAUCGAAGUGGUUUCCAGCAAAUUCAGCUGGAUAUUCAUUUCUUAAGGACUCUUUUGAAGGAGAAUAUUGAAGCUGAAGAAGCGAUUGAUUUUUUACUUGACGAGGUAAUUGUUGCUGCUUCAGAGCGUUGUUUGGACCCAAUUCCUUUAGAGCCUCCAAUUCUGGACAAACUUGUACAAGUAAAGUUAGCAAAAUCGAAAGGAACAUAAUCCAGUUAAACCCCUAGAUGUUGGUAGGUGAAAUUGCUAUGGAUAGCCCCACUUUUUUAUUUCUCUUGCAAUAAUUUUAUGAUGCGAUUCAUUGGUCAAAAAGUUCAUUUACAUUUUUGGAGAUUUUGUAUGAAAUGGUGAAAUGUAACAGGAAUUCCAGUUAUAUAACUAUGAAAGUUUAUUUGUAGUUAAUGUUA